UGUUUACAUAAUUUUUUAUGAUAUUUCUUAUUUAAUAAUUAAAGUGCAUUAUUCCACAAGUAUAUUAAAAUUUCGCACAUAACAUAUCGACUAUAUGUGCGUAAGUAGACAUUUGAGAUUAUUAUCCUACCCAUCGUCCAAAUGUAGCGUCUUAACUAGUAUUUAGUUAAAGAAAUAAGUUCAUUUGUGAGAGAAACUAUUCUUUAAUCGAGUUUUGCAAUUAAGAAUUUCUUAACCGUCUUGAAGCAGGAAAGUAAUAAUCAUCAUGCCUCGUCACGAAUAUAGGACAAACGACAAUAUAUUAUUGGAUCAAAAUGAUGACAUACUUCGCAAAAUGGAAAAGUAUGUUAAAUGUCCGCGAUGUAAAAAUUAUCUUCGAUGUUACCGCCGCAAGAGGUUAACACUUGACAAAAGAGAAUGCAGUAAUGUGUGCGAUCACUGCUUAAAUGAAUAUCUAUUUCGUAAGCCAAGUAGCACACGUGCCAAAGAUAGGAAAGCUAUAGGUAGGGAAUAUUCACCAUUUAAAUAUAACAAAAACAAGGUGAAACUAUGGCUUUCAAGAAUAAUAGAUUUAUUGGAGAGUAAUUUAAUACUUUACAAAACUGCAAACUUAUCAAAACAAGCAGUAAAAAAGGGAUUGCUAUGCAGUGAAUCUCGAUAUAGAUCUUACAAAUUCCAUGAACCGGUGUUGGACGAAAUGUUAAGUUUUUCAAGGGGUCACGCGCAAAUUAACGAAAGUUCAGAUGUCGUGAAUAAACCACAAGUUGUAAGAUAUGAUAUUGAGGGGCACGAAGAAACAUACAACAAAAUAAAAUUUGAGAAAGGUUUAGAUGAUAUUGCGUCAAUUGAUACUUUUCAUGAUGAUGUUACUAUUUCAUCUACUGAUAGUCAUCUAAAGCAUUCUUUAAUGUUACAAGAAAAGUUACACGUAUUAAAAAAGGUUAUUGUUGAAGACAGUAAAGAAAAUAAAAAAAAAUAUGGCGAGAAAUAUAGAAGAGUCUCCACAGCUAUAAGACGUAAUGUUAAUUAUAAACGCGAAGAUGUUCGAGAAUUGCCUUUUGAAACACAAAUAGAAUACGAUACACAAAAGUUUUCUGUAACAUCUUUAAAGCGGUUUAACUCUUUAGAAUCUCUGGUAACUUCAAUAUCAGGUUUCACGGAAAAAACAUUAGAACACAAUUUCAGUUACUUUUUUCCUAAAGAAGAACAGGAUAAGCACCCUAUUAGACGGCAUAAAAGCUCUUCUGAAAUAAUUAAAGAUACAAUAGAUAUGUUAAGUGAGCGUGCGGAGUUGGAAAGAAAAAAAAGGGACGAAAAACGUAUGAAAAAACUUCAAGAAGAGGAAAAAAUUAAAUUAGCACGUAUGGAAAAGUAUAAGCAAAAGACUGAACCAGAAAAUCAAACUGAUAUAGAAGAAAAGAAAGAAGUUACUUUUAGCACCAAAGACACAGAUGAAAUAGAAAAAGCUAGUAUAAAAUCAUCGAAAGAUACAAAAUCCGUCAAAUCAAAGUUACACAAAGCUGUUAAUGAUAUUACAAAAUCUCCGGAGUUAGAAUUUAAAAAAGAACGCGACAAAUUAGAUAAAGAAGUUCUUAAAGAAAAUCAAGUGGAGCGCCCUCUUAAAGAUAAAUCUAAAAAAGAUACGGAAAAAUCUCCCAAGGAAGAUUUGAAAAAAGAAGCAUUACUUUCAAGUAAGGAGCAAAAAAUAAAAGCAAAAGAAGAAAAAGAAAAACUCUUAAAAAUAGAAAAAGCAAAAAAGAUGCAAGAACGCGCUGAAAAGGAAGAGAAACUGAAAAAUGAAAAAGAAGAAAAAGAAAAACUUUUAAAAAUAGAAAAAGAAAAAAAAAUGCAAGAACGCGCUGAAAGGGAAGAAAAGCUGAAAAAUGAAAAAGAAGAAAAAGAAAGACUUAAAAAAGAAAAAGCAGAACAAUCCCUAAAAGAGAAAGAGCGAAUACAGAAAGAAAAAAGUCACAAGCCGUCUGACCAUGAAUUAAAACGUAUUGACCUAAAAGAAAAGCACGCGAAAGGUGAAAAGGUUAAAGAACAAAAACAUACAGAAAAAGGUAAUAGUGAUAAACGAAUGCAAGAAGACACUGAAAAAAAAUUAAAAGAAGAGGCAUAUUCAAAAAUGGCUAUAGAUGAUUCUCAAUCAAAACCUGAUGAAAGAAGAGGUGUGACUAAGCCAAAAAAAGAGGAGGUGACAACCUUUAAGGAAUUGAAUAUUAGCCAAGUGAAAUUGAGAAAACAUUCACAGGACAAUUUAAUAUUGCAACUUGUUAAAUUAAAACAGUCUGAAAAAAAAGAACCUCGGGGGAGACCACAACGUUUAUCAGAAAUAAAUGUAUCCCCUAUCAUACGUCGGGCACAUAAAGACCAUAACAAUCUCCACGACUCGUGCAUUCUUUGCUGUGAUUCUGAUUUAGCACUUGAUGUCGAUAAUAUUGUAUUCGGUGAACAAAAAUUAAGUGAACCGACAGAUCUGGUAAUGGGUCGAAAAAUUAUUAAACUCAAAGAGUCUCCGAGGAUUAAUAAAAAAGAGGCCAAAAAUAUUACCGCAUUUGAGCCUUUAAUGUUUCAAUCUACUUUAAUUGAAGAAGACUCUCUGAAGACGUCGGAUAUAAGUACCUUAGUGAAAAGUAAACCUUCACCUGUGUCCAAGCGAAUUGACCCGGAGGCUGCCAAAGGUGUAAUAAGAUACGCUCUGUCGGACCGCUCCUUUAUCGACAAAGGUUGGACGAUGUUACCCACUGAGAAAGUGGUCCGAAAAAUGAACGUAUAUCGUAUGAGACCAGCACAUCCUGAGUUCGAUUGGUUUGAACAUAACAAAAAUAAAAAAUUAAUGCAUUACGAUACAGGUGAAAAACUAGCUGAGUUUGAUGAUGAUGGAAAAGGUAGAUGGUUUUAUCGGAAUGGCAGAUUAGCUCUCGAUUAUUACGAUGCAGAAGAAACAAACGCUCAACAACGAUUUGUAAUCUACAGCAACGGUGAGCCAGACGAGCGUGGCCGUCCUCGUCCUUUCACAAUACUAGCUACAUUUGACUAUUUAGGUAACGGUGUGGUGUUUGAUCACAGCGGGAAAAUAAGGCUCAAAUAUAACCAAACGGAAGGAGUUAUUUUAGAUAAAAGUAUUGGGCCUGUAUCACAUUGGAAAUGGCAUACGUUAAAUGACCCGCCUGUACUUCAACAAGUUAUGAUUGACACUCAGAUGGCGCAUAAAGAUCCAGAGAUACUAAAACUGGGAGGCCAUGGGGAUGAAAAGCCAAGACAAGAUAAUGAAGAAAUGCUCGCCAUCGAAUUUGACAACUUUAUAAAAGAGAAGAGUAAGAAAUUAACCCAAAAAUUUAAGCCUUUUCAAAUCAAAAUGAAGGCACUUAAAAUUAACGAGAACUUUUCUUUGAAAGUUCUCGAUCAAGCUACAGUAUAUUUAAUUUUUCGAGAUGGUUCAACGAAUUUGAAAUUAAAUAUAGGAAUGAUCCUGGAUCAUAAGGAAAUUGUUGAUACUGAUACAGCAGAAGUUGGAGAAGUAUCUAACAGCCUAGAACGCUUUCCCGCCAAAACUGAUAGUUUAGCGGGCCUACAACACAGUGUUGCCCAUGCUCAACGAGUAGAGCGGGCUCGAAUAGAACGUGAGCGACGUUUGCGACCCACUCAGUCUAACACAAGCGCCGAUAAACUAACAGCUGCUGCUUCGAAACCCUUGCGGCACCCAUUUCGCACGACAGCUAUACCUUCAAAUCCUUCAAUUAAUACUACAGAAUGUCGUUGUAAAUAUAGAAAGCCAUCUACUUGUAAUAUUUAUUAUGAUACACGUUUAGUUUAAUAUAUAUAUUUUAUUUUGAAGCUUUUAGUUAAAAAAUAUUUAUUUUCAUACCUAAACAUGAAAGUAACAUAGUUAGGUCUAAACUUCAGAAUAAUGAGUUACUAGGUAUAUUACUCAAUAUAAGUUAUUUGUGUAUAUAUAACUUAUUUCAAUAAAAUGUACAAACGUUUAAUAAUGUAAUAUUGAGCCGGUAGCGUAAAGGUCUGUAUUCACUUUGGUGCGAGUGCAAGCGAUUACGGAUUAGUAAUUGACAUUGAUUAGUGCAGGGGUGUAGUGCAAGUAGUGUCCAAUUAUUGUUUAGUGGCUCUGUUAAGUAAUAGGCCGGGAGAUAGUGACGCUAAAUAGUGAGUCAUUUGUACCAGUAUGGCGGUUCUUCGGGGGUCUUAUUACGAAAUGAAAAAAUGAUGGUCAUAGCGCUGGUACCGGCGGCCCAAGCUCGUGGUUCCUGGCUCCUGCUUCUCAUGCUGU